AUGAGAAGUCAAGAAGGAUAUGACACUGAACUCUUGAAGUCGGCAUGGUUCUUAUCAGAUUACUUUGUUGAUGUUCAGCAGGGAACUCAGUCGUUGUUUAGAGAAUUUUCCUUUGUGAAGGCUACACCUCAAAAUUGUCUCUCUCUUGUAAAACUAUUUUAUCGCUGUUUCAAACCUAUUGGUCAUCGGGGAGACCUUCUCAACACUAGGGAAUACUAUUCUCUUAUCACUCCCAUUUGUCCUGAUUUUCCUCUCGAAACCAUUCAGAAAACGGCUCGAACUAUAUUAACUGAUGAUGUGAUGGAUUGCUUGGUGGCUUUUCGUGACUUUAUUUAUGCCUUUCAAGUACAAUUUGUAUAUGAAGAGUUUCUUAAGCUCUGCCUUGAGGUAUACUCAAGUGUCUUGGCUGCUGCUAUUAGAGCCAACCCAGAGUCAACAGCAUCGAGAGUGGUGGUGGUACCAACCUCUACCAUUUCACCAACAAAGCCUAAAGAUAGCAAAGAUACAAACACGACAACAGUUCCUGAAAACGUUGAUUCUCUCAUUUCUAUUGGUUUAUUAGAAGAACAGUUGGAGUCGAGGAAGUUGUCCUGUUAUCCUCCUGUGGACGUCCUGCGUCAUAUAUUGAAAUACAAACAAAGUGUAUCUUACUAUGAAUUUGUUAGCUUGGUGGUGAAGUCAGAGGAAGUCAAUGAACACUUGGGUGCAUUGACUUCGAGUGAGAAACUAUUCGCAUGCUCUCUGUCUCCAUCUACUUUUAGAAAACAAUCACAUACUUAG